AGAAAAACACCUGCCAGCGGUGGGCCACAGGGAGCCCAGGAGCAGAGCAUCGCAGGACCUGCAGGGUGAACACCCCUGAGGACAGCCGUCGCCCAGCCCCACCGGCCUGUGCCUCGGACGGCUGUUCUCAGUGAAGGCCCGUGCGCCCGCCCCUGAGCAGCGACCAUGGGCCUGCUCGACUACCUGAAGACGCAGUUCGUGGUGCACCUGCUCAUCGGAUUCGUGUUCGUGGUCAGCGGGCUGGUCAUCAACUUCACCCAGCUGUGCACGCUGGCCCUGUGGCCCAUCAGCAAGCAACUGUACCGCCGCAUCAACUGCCGCCUGGCCUACUCGCUCUGGAGCCAACUGGUCAUGCUACUGGAGUGGUGGUCCUGCACGGAGUGCACCCUCUUCACUGACCAGGCCACGGUGGACCACUUUGGGAAGGAACAUGUGGUUAUCAUCCUCAACCACAACUUCGAGAUCGACUUCCUCUGUGGGUGGACCAUGUGUGAGCGGUUUGGCGUGCUGGGGAGCUCUAAAGUGCUGGCUAAGAAGGAACUGCAGUAUGUGCCCCUCAUUGGCUGGACCUGGUACUUCCUGGAGAUUGUGUUCUGUAAGCGGAAGUGGGAGGAAGACCGCGACACCGUCAUCGAGGGGCUGAAGCGACUGGCAGACUACCCCGAGUACAUGUGGUUUCUCCUGUACUGUGAAGGAACGCGCUUCACGGAGACCAAGCACCGCAUCAGCAUGGAGGUGGCCAUUUCCAAGGGCCUGCCCCCCCUCAAGCAUCACCUGCUGCCCCGUACCAAGGGCUUCACCACUGCGGUCCAGUGCCUCCGGGGGACAGUUGCUGCUAUCUACGAUGUGACCUUGAACUUCAGAAGAAACAAGAACCCAUCUCUGCUGGGGAUCCUCUAUGGGAAGAAGUACGAGGCAGACAUGUGCGUGAGGAGGUUUCCCCUGGAGGAGAUCCCAGAGGACGAGAAGGGCGCAGCCCAGUGGCUUCACAAGCUGUACCAGGAGAAGGACGCCCUGCAGGAGAUGUACAAGCAGAAGGGAGUGUUCCCCGGGGAGCAGAUCAAGCCCGCCCGAAGGCCCUGGACCCUCCUGAACUUCUUGUGCUGGGCCACCGUCCUGCUUUCUCCUCUCUUCAGCUUCGUCCUGGGCGUCUUCGCCAGUGGAUCCCCGCUCCUCAUCCUCACGUUCUUGGGAUUUGUGGGAGCAGCUUCCUUUGGCGUCCGAAGGCUAAUAGGAGUAACCGAAAUAGAAAAAGGCUCCAGCUACGGCAACCAAGAAUUUAAGAAAAAGGAAUAAUUAACGGCUAUGAUUGACCACCCACAACCUGAUGCGGUAUCCAAUUAACUCAAUUAAAAACAGAACACAGAGUGAGGAGAGAGAGACACUUAGAGACUAUUUUUCUUAUUAACUGGUGACUAAUACUAAUAAUUAAAACUUGAGCCAAGAGCAAAGAACUCAGACGGCCUGCCAGGUGAAGAUGGUCAGCGGGCACCGCGGGGCCCCGCCGGCCCUCCAAGGACAGAUGGGGGAGCCUGGGCUUGGGGAGGCUCAGGGCAGUGGGUCUCCCCCAAAACUCCGCCUCCAAGAGGCGGCCUUUGCUUCCUCUUCUUAAACUCAGAGUGGGACUUCGGUUUCUUAAUUUCGGGAACUUAGCCUGACCCCUCCCCUCAUGCCCUGUACCCCCAGACCACUGGCUCUUAAUGGGUUCCUGGGAGCAGGUCGGCUGGCUCCUAUCCCACAAAGAGCUCGCUUGUCCCGCCCUGCCUGGCGCCUUCGCUUGUAGCCUGAGUGGGGGAGGGGAGGAGGGCAUCUUAGUGAUAAGCACACAUUGAAUGUAGAUCAGCCCGGUCUGUCCCGCCCCUCCUCCGCUGGCUGAAGGCCCACUCCUGCCCCUUGGCACUGUCCGCCCUGCCUCCCCAUGGGCUGUCUAAGCACCUUAAGUCUCCUUUUAAAGUGAAUGGCCCAAGAACUCAGUGGAAUGUGGAGUUCUUAGGCUCGCGCAGCGCCUCCAUGCAGAUCCUCAGUUCCUCUCUCCCUCUUUGUGACUGGGAGGCCGCGGCUCCCCGCAUGGGGCGUGGGGCGGGCGUGGGAAGACCACUCGGGCCCAGCACCUCAGGGUUCCAGAGUGCUUGAGCCCGCGGCUGGCUGCCUCUGGGAUGAUCUUUGAGCGGUGAUGCCACCAUCCAGCCCCGUUGUUUUAAAGGCAGUGGAGACCGUUAGUGCUUGCUGGUUUCUGGAGUGUCUUUGUACCAGCCGGUGGGUGGAUGGUUCUCAGCCUCACUGUGGGAAGGAGUGCCAGCCACCUCCUUGCUCAGCUCCUCCUCCUCCUCUUGACUUCUGCCUCUGUCCAGGCAGGGUUGAUCAUGCCCGCCCCCCCCCCCCCCCCCCCCCCCGGCUCCCACUCCACCUCAGAGACAUGGAGCGUCCUAGCAGAAGAUGGGGUGUCUCUGCCUGCACUCGGGGCCUCACCAGGGUCCAGUUGGCUGGCCUGGGAGACGCAUAUUUCUUCAACCGACUCUGGACAGCUGGCCUUGCAGGAGAGGAGCUGGUGGGCCCAGGAGCCGUGGGGAGGCCUACUCCCCUUCUGGGAGCUCUCUCACACACUGUCACUCACCUGCUUCCGGCUUCUGUCUGGAACUUUCCAUGGGCUCUUUCUAAGCCACACCCCUUUCAUGUUUUCUAGCAAUGGAAAACCAAGUAUUCUGUCUGGCAUAUUGCAACCAGCACUCAGAAGAAAGGCAAAACAAGCUCUCUAGGUGAGACCCAAGAAAAGAGGCUUGACUGGCCCCAAGUGUUGGGGAGAUUCUGAGGCAACAGGAUUGCUGCGGAGGCGGUACCCCUGGCCUCCUGGGUCCAUGCACGAGGGUAGCAGAUGUGGAACACUUCUAUAGUCCUGGGUCUCAUGGGGGACAGCGAACAACCGUGGUGGCUCUUUGGGAAGGUGAAGGGCUCUGUCAGACCAAGCAAGCAGACGCUCAAUUGAGCUAGCUGAAAUCUUGUCUCCUGGCCUCCCCACCAGCAAGCCAUCGUCUGCAUUCCCAGGGGUGAGCCCUGACCCCGGUGGAUGUUUGUGUCUGUCUGUGCACUUGAGGUCUCUCACUCCACCAUCAUCCCACAGAUCUCAAGGAAGCCGGUUGAUGGGCCUUGCUGUGCAUGCAUCUGGCCCAGGAAAGCAAGCUCAAAGCCUUUGCCAUUUAACAGUGGCUUUGUUUUUCCAGAGCAGCCCCCCGCCUUUCAGAUCAGUUACGUGUCGCGUCUGUGUUAGCCUGUUGUCUCCCUCUGACAACUCCCGGCUCAGAGUGUGCCUCCAAGUACCAGGCUUCUGAGAGCAAUAAAAACUACACUGGGAAUGUGUGGGGUUAUUUUUUUUUUAAGGGGUGGGGUUGGAUUUUGCUUUUCAUCUGCUUAAGAAGGAAAGAGAGAGGAAAGCUUUGACUUUUUUUUCCCAUUUAUAUUAAUAAAUCUCAGAAUAGUGCUUUUCUCUUCUUCCUUUACACUGAGCCAGAGUCAUGGCUGAUGCCAUGCCCAGAUUUGGGCUGAAGAGUUGGGCCAGAGCAAUCCGUGUUGGCUGAGUUGGGGUCAGGGAUGGGGCCAUCUUGGGCCUGGGGCAGCCGAUGACCUCAGGCUGAGGAUCGGGCUGCACUAAUGGGCUGGCCCCGUGGCUCACCGUAACCUCUGGAGCCUGGCACAGCUUAGCCCAGAACAUGGUCUGCCUGCCACUCAGGCCCAAGAGCCAGGUGCAUGGGUGCUCCUGCCUCCUCUCCACGACCCCCUCCGUGUCCUGCACUGCUCCCCACACGCUGCUCCUGGCCGUGCCCACCCACCUCACGCAGACGUCUGCGUCACUGUGCUAAGCUUGGGAAGGGGUUGCCGUUCUCCUGGCCUCCUGUGCCAUCUCACAGCACCCACAUGGAGCUUCCAUCACCUAGGGACUCCCUGCUUCUCUCUCGGGGACUUUGCAUGAGCGCAAUGCAUAGUGACUGUCCCACACGAGGCAGGUGGCAGAAGCUGAAUGAUCAAAGGGGGGAGGGCGGUUCAUAGGCCAGAGACACUUUCUCUGUAAACUAAGGCCUCGGACAAGGGUCUGCCCAUCGAUAAGUCCUUCAACCCAGAGAAAGAAACCACCUGGUGGUUGCUGGUACUUGGUGAUGGCGCACCAGAUGCACAGGCCUGCUUGAGGUGACGAGUCUUGCCCUCUGAGCCUGCAAACCACUAAGUGGGAAGCAACGAUGUAAACUGCAUUUUCCUGUGAAAAACAAUGCGGGGGAAUCACAGAUCACCUUGACGGCCCUGUUCCUCCCUUUUUGUGCCCCGUGGCAUGAGACUCCUUCCUGCCACUCAUCCAGUCAAGGUGUUGCUAAGCAUUGAUGAAGAGAGAGAAUAGUUGGACCCAGCAAGGCCAUCCCUCGCCCACCAUAUCUACCAAUGAGUGGCCCUUCCUGCAUGCUGCUGGUCUCUCCUGCUUGAGGCCUUCUAGGACAAGCCAGUACAGUCUUUUCAGCCUUGCUGACUCCCAUCAGAAUCAUUCUUCCCUGUGCCUAAGCCUCUACCCCUAGCUAGCUGCAUGCAGCCCUGGCAUGCUACACUCUGCUCGGCGGCGUGGCGUGGCUGCUGCCCCUCUGCCAUGUUGAUGAGGCUGAGGGCUCGUGAGACCAGACCAGCGCACCUGAGCUGCCUGCUGCCUUCUUUCUGGAAACACGUCCCUGGCCUGUUGGGCCAACUCUAAACCAAAGGCACCUGGGCCUGGGUGCUAGGUGGGGCCGCCACUGACCUGCCUCAGACCUUGUCCCGACACGGGGCUGUCAGGUGGGUGCUGACUCUUGGGCUCCAGGUCCCUGCAUAGGGGACAGGAUGCGAAAACCCAGGGUCAGCUUUUAGGUGACCAGGAGGGGUGGACACGUUGGGAAUUAAAUUCUGUCACAAGCAUUUGCAGCUUGUUAAUUCAGGGGCAAGGGUGGCAUUCCUAUAAGCCACUCCAGAAAUCAGCUGACAGCCCUUCCAGGAAGUCACCAGCGAAGGUGACAUGGGUCAGCCCAGGCAAGAGCAGCAUUGCCUCUCCACAGGUGGCCGCGUUGUCGCAGAAGCGUGAGCUCUGUAGUGACGAGGUCACCUGGAGUUUUCUUUUUAACUUUUCAGUUUCUUAACUCUUUGUUGCGAAAAGUAUUUGGACAGAAAUGGAGCUGUGAAUGAGAUACUGACAUGCACUAAGUUGUAUUAAAUUAAACUGGAGUUACUUGAUCCUACGAAGAAUGGCAUCACUCUGCUUGUAUUUAUUGUCUCUGAAUGGUACAUUGUGACAAUCAAAUGUGACUUGCCUCAAGGCAGGGAACGUUCCCCAGCUUCCAUGCAGAGCACCAGCGAGCGCUGUAACUGCACAGAAACGGCUCUUUCUGGAAGCCACACAAACCAUGGACUCCAGCGAGCUAGCACUGUGCAGGUGGGCAGACAUUGAGGCUUUUUCUAUUAUUGAAAAUUUGCCAUAUCUGUCACUAGUCUCCAAGGGAUACGUUGUAUACAGGGUGCAAAUGUAUUAUAUGAAUGUUUCCUUUUGUACACUUCAUUUUUACAAGUUUUGCUACUCACGGCUUUCUGUGGUUGGGGAUGGAGUGCUUGGGCUCUGCGGAACUUGUCUGGGUGGAGGAGCUAACUUAGACUUUAUAGGCCUGUGUCCCCACAGCCUGGCUGUGUUGGCCGCUAUGCAAAGCUCUCUUUGUCCACAUGGGAGGCCACCCAGGCAGCAUGGCACUCCUGCUUGGUGGUACUUUCUGGGUAAAAUGCACAGGCAUCGUACUUGUUUAUUAAAAAUGCUGUUGUGAACGAGGGAUAAAAUGUCCACAAUAUAUGAAAGUGACUCUUU